AUGGGCCACUACGGCAACCAGCUGACCGCUCCUUAUCCAGCAUGGACUGGACGGGCACGUCGGGCCCUUCACGCAGUGAUUCUUCAAUGCUUAUGUUCACCCUAUCAUUCGACCCAGGGCCCAGCCUCUUACGAUGUUCAGAUGCUUGUUUGUACCGCUAAGACUUUAAUAAAGACAGAAGGUGGGAAGAGUAGCGUGCUCUUGCCUGUCUCACACCCUGUUCCCUCCACGCAGAGUAAGGCACAGCCAGCUGGUUCCCAUUUCCGCGAGAGUGAUGACUCUGAUGAACGCUACGUCGGUGACAGAAGCUCGAUCGUUGACAAGAGCCGCGCAGACUCAGACUCUGACCAUUUGCACUCGCAAAAGCUGCGAUACGACAGACGACAGCAAGCACGACAGGAAAGUUUUGCUUUGUGCCUGAGCGAGCAUAUCCAUGAUGAUGGCAAAAGCAUUUUCACGAGAAAUUGA